ACGAGCAGCGGCACCGCUGCCGCAGAGCCGACGGCCUCCAACAAGAAGGGCAAGGGAUCCUUCCUCGUGUGCAGCAAUACAGAUGGCGACUACGUGCCCUUCUGUGAGCCCGCCAAGAACAGCUCACUCUAUGUGGGUACUACGUACUACGUUACUUGGGAUCCCUCCGUCCUCAACACUACCCAGGUGACUGUCACCGGUACCUACAUCAACAGCACAACAGGCGUGGCAGGCGACGACGCCUUCACGUCCGACGACAUCAAGGCUUCGUGGUCCUACUACGCCUGGACACCUGGCAGUAGUUAUCUGUCCAAGGGCAACGGCAACGCCGUUAAUGUCACGUUGACCAUCAACGCCCUGGGCUCAGACGGCGAAACCGUCACCAAGACCUACCCCGGCCCGACCGUCCUUGUCACCAAGGCGCCCACGUACCACCAGGCGUCCCCCACGCUCCCAAAGGGCGCGGCUCUGUUUAUCGGCCUGCCGGUUGUGUUCGGUUUCUGUCUCAUCAUGAUCUGCGGCGUGUGUAUGUGGAACCGCAAGACGCGCAAGAUUGACGUCGGUAAUCUCAUGUCUCGCGGGCGGCGCGGCUACGGCAUCGCCAAGAGCCGCGCCAAGAGGAUGACGAUGAGGGGCAGCAAGAAGCGUGCCAUGCACAACAUCCGUAUGAUGGACAAC